AUGGGUGAUGGAGCUGAUAGACUCGAAGGCAGGUCGAGGCCCGCAUCGUUUUCUUCAUGUGUUUCUACUUCUCCCUUGAAGGAUGUUCGGAUCUAUCAUUGUAUUGUAGGGCCCGAAGUAGAUCGCUUGGCUGCUAUGGCUGGAAAGUAUAAGCAUAGGAAAGUCAUGCCAACAGCACUCGAGCGUAGGGGAUUUGGAGAUGGUUCGACAAUUCCAGUUUUUGAGACUUCUAUAGGGAAGAUCGGUGCUGCAAUUUGUUGGGAAAACAGAAUGCGACUUUUAAGGACAACAAUGUAUGCUAAAGUGAAUAUAUCGAUCGCACAGGCUUUCGAGAAUCUUAGGUGCUCAAGAGAGGGUUUGUCUUCGUCGGAUGCUAGCACGAGGCUUGAGAUUUUUGGUCAUAACAAACUUUACGAGAAG